AUGGGAUGUGGCGUCACAAAAUCUGACCAGUUCCACAAACAGACCCCCAAAGCUGUCACAUCUAUAAAGGCGGCUGUGCUGAUUCAGCGUUGGUACCGUCAGUAUGUGGCACGUAUGGAGAUGAGACGUAGGUACACUUGGCAUAUCUUCCAGUCCAUCGAGUACUCUGGCGAACAGGCACAGAUAAAGCUGUACAACUUUCUUGGCUACCUCGUGGAUAAUUUCACACCAUCCAGCAAUGAAAGGAACCUGAUCUCUCACAUCUUCCGGGAGAACGAGGUGUGUCGGGAUGCGGAGUGGGAGAGGUACUUCAGCUACAAUAACAUCGAGGUGCCGGAGAUCUACUCAGGACCCCACCUCAUCUUCCCCCUCACCGUUGAGCAAGCUGCCGAACUCGUGGAGGCCUUCAGGAACAAGAAGCAGCUGCACUCACGCUACGUCCUCCAGCUGCUCCUCGAGACGUGGAAACUGCUGCGGUCGUUGCCAAAUAUCAGCCGAAUCUCCACCUGCCACAGCAAGGAAAUAACCAUCUGUGGUGAUUUGCAUGGACAGCUGGAGGACUUGCUCCUGAUAUUUUACAAGAAUGGCAUGCCGUCCCUCGAGAGGCCCUACGUGUUUAACGGAGACUUUGUGGACCGAGGCAAAGACUCCAUAGAGAUCCUCCUCAUUCUGUUUGCCUUCUUGUUGCUGUACCCAAGUGAAGUCCACCUCAACCGGGGGAACCACGAGGACCACAUAGUCAACCUGAGAUACGGUUUCACCAAGGAAGUGUUGACUAAAUACAAGAUGCACGGCAAACGCAUCUUAAAGUUGUUGCAGAAGAUCUUCAGCUGGUUGCCUUUGGCUACAGUGAUCGAUCAGAAGGUGCUGGUCCUGCACGGUGGCAUUUCAGAUACCACUGAUCUCAGUGUCCUUGCCAGGGUGGACAGACACAAGUAUGUUUCAGCUCUGAGGCCUCCAAAGAAGAGACAGCAGAGUGUGGUAAGUACAUUGGUGGACCCUGAAUUGGAUGAUGACGUCUGGCUCACCAACAAGAUGAACCUGCGCCGGGUGUCCCUCACCUUCCCCAAACCCCUGGGCACCCGCGACAGCUUCCAGAACCGCUCGCUCCAGGACUUCUCCAACCGUGUCAAACUCACCUUGGAGGAGGAGCAGGUGGUCCGCCGGCGGCAGAAAAACCUUCUCAACUCAGGUUUCAGCCAGUCGCAAAAGCAGUUCAACCCGUCAGUCUCCUCUGACUCCUCCCAGGACUCCACCGACACCACGGACAACACCAAAGAGGAGUGGAAACAGAUCCUGGACCUGUUGUGGAGUGACCCCAUGUCCCAGGAUGGCUGCAUGCCCAAUGAGGUGAGGGGCGGGGGCUGCUACUGGGGCCCCGACGUCACCGAAGACUUCCUCAGCCGACACAAUCUGCAGCUCGUCAUCCGGUCCCACGAGUGUAAACAGGAGGGCUACGAGUUCUGCCACAACCGCAGGGUUCUUACUCUGUUUUCAGCCUCCAACUACUAUGAUGUGGGCAGUAACCGGGGGGCGUAUGUGCGGCUGGGGCCAGACCUGGUGCCUUAUAUGAUCCAGUACCAGGCCAACAGUAUGACCAGGGAGCUCAGCAUGAGGCAAAGCGUGGGACGAACGGAACAUUCCGCUCUCAAAGUUCUGCGGGAGCAGUUGUUUGCACAUAAGUCGGACCUCAUGUGCAUCUUCCAGGAGCUGGAUAAAGAAAACACAGGUCUGGUGUCCCUGAAUGACUGGGCCAUGGCGGUAGAGAGUGUGAUGCGCCUGGGUCUGCCCUGGAGGAUGCUUCGCUCCCAGUUGGUCACCAGCAAGACCAGCGAUGCCAUGUUGGACUACCAGGGAUGGUUCAAAGAACUGGCCUUCAAAGAGCCCAACAUGGAACACAUUGAACAGAGUUUACUUGAGACCCUCUACCGCCACCGCUCCACCCUGGAGACCAUCUUCAGGAUAGUCGACAUGGACAACUCAGGCUUCAUCACUAUGGAGGACUUCAGGCAGACGUGGAAGCUGCUGAGCGUCUACCUGAGGAUGGAGUUCACAGAUGAGGCCAUCUCGGACCUCGCCGUGACCAUUGACAGCAACCAAGACGGCAGCAUCGACAUCAACGAGUUCAUGGAGGCCUUCCGCCUAACGGACAAGAAGAGCAGGCUGGAGCGCGGGCGCAGCAUGUUCAUGGGCACCGCCCCGGACCUCACCAAGCUGGAGGGGGACCCAAACAUAUGA